AUGUUGAUUGUUCCGUGUCCUAUGACAUGUUUUGAAUCUGGUGCAUUCUUUAUGAAACAUUUUAGUGAAUUCAGUUGUCAGGCUCGUUGAGCCGACGACGGCGCCACGGUUCAUCACGCAGCCCUCAUCGACAACGCCCGUCGUCAGCGAAGGCCGUCACAAGAUCCUGCAGUGCUCAGCGCUAGGCGACCCAGCGCGUCGCGCGCCCAGCUGCGCAACCGUUGCCUGCAAGCCCUUAACGAGCCGGCCCUCGGCCCUCGCGCCCCUCUCCGCGGCCGGCGCGCAGACGGCGCCCGCACGCGGCGCCCGCGCGUUACGCGCGCGGGUUACGGCCCCGCGCUAAUUGCGGCCGCGCGGCGCCACGAGGCCAAAUAUCGGCAGGACGAUCAUGAAUUGGAUAGUGAUAGUGACCUGAGUAUUGAAAAUGUACUCGAGCAUCAGCAUUAUACUGGAUCGAAACAAGAACUUUCUGAUACUAAAUACGAAUGUUUAUCAAUGGAUAUGUCUUUUGGUAGUAAAUUGGGCGGCUCUGAUAUCGACUCAGCCUUUACCUUUACGGAAGAUAGUAUAGAAGAUACUUUCUAUGCUGUCGACCCUUCAGCGUCAUCGUACUCUGAAACGCAGGAAAUAGGACGAUUCUUGGUUCUUAAUUCUGUUCGCAAGGUGUAA